GCGCAUAAUUGAGUGUGUCAUUGGUUGGUGAUGACGUUCAACAUUAUCAGCAUCGCAUCCUACCAUAUGCCAUCUCACCAUGACUACUUAACUACACCAUGACCACAGCGUGCGACACAUUCUUGUGUGAGUUUAGAUUACGAUUCAUGCUUUGCCGCGCUCGUGGGGGAGAGCCCGCGUUCCGUGGUGAGAUGAGCAGACGCAGGUGGGUCCAAUGCAGGUCGUCCUGUUGGCAACGUUUGUAGGAUUAGAUAUGGAAGACAUCAUGCGGUUAUCGGACAGCGAGAGAGAGAUGAAUUGCAUGUCGCGUAUUUUUGCGUUUUCUGGUUGUGUUGCAGAUGGAGCGGCUUUUAUGACUUUGGUUGAGGCUGAGUGCUUGUGGUUGCGGUUGAAGUUGGAGUCUAGGCUGCUGGAAGGCGACUGUUACCUGGUGUUGGACACGUUCAUGGCCGAUGGACGCAUCCGGCAUCAUAUCCAUUUCUGGCUGGGCAAGGAUACGAGUGCGGACGAGGCAGGUAGUGUGGCCAUAUUCGCAGCGCAGCUGGACGAGUCGCUGGGGGGCGGACCCAUACAGUUCCGCCAGCCGCAGGGCUCGGAGUCCACCGAGUUUCUGCGGCUCUUCCCCCGUCUCAAGUACAUGGCUGGGGGCUACGCCAGCGGCUUCCGGGACGCAGCCAAGGGCCCUAGGGGGGCCCCUGGACCCGUGCGGCUGUACCAGAUCAAAUCGGCCAGCAAGACAUGUGUGCAGGUAUUCGAGGUGCCUUGCUGUCUGGCGUCCCUGAACCACGGCGACUGCUUCCUCCUCGAGGACGUGGGCGCACGGCUGCUGUGGGUGUGGCACGGCAGUGCGGCCAACAUUCGGGAGAAGACCCGGGCCAUUGAGGCGGGCAACGCGUUCAAGGAGGGCACCGGGAUAAGGUUAUCAGUGUUGGAUGACGGUGACGAUGUAAGUAAUGAGGCGGUGGCGUUUUUCAGCCGCCUGGGUUGCCCGCAGCCACCGAAGCCCGGGGAGAUCCGGGAGCCCGAGGGGGACAAGGUGCGACCGGCCGCCAUGCAGCCGCCGCAGCUGUUUAAGGUGGUGAAUGGUGGCAACGGCUUCCUGCACCUCUGUACGAAGGAAGGAGCGCCCCUGAGUGCCUCGCUGCUGGACCCCAGAGGGCAGUUUGUGCUACUGGCUGCGGGCUGCAUCUGGGUGUGGACGGGCGCGGAAUGCGGGGCCGACGGCAAGGAGAAGCCCAUUCCGCCGUUGCAGGUCGGCAGCUCAUUCGCUGCCAGUCAAGGCCUACCCGCCGUCAUAAAGGCCGUCAAGGCGCGAUUCGAGCCGGGACUGUUCACCACCUACUUCUCGGACUGGGGCGCGGACGGCCGCACGACGGGCACUCCGGGCAAGGACUCAUUCGGAAAUGUCAUUCCGGGACCUGGCAAGGGAACCGAUGACCAGCCGUACAACGCGGAGGAGGCGGCGGCGGCGAUGGUGGCGAUGGUGGCGGCCGCCGACGCAGCCGCGACGCCGGUUAGCGACCAGGCCGCUGCGUUGGAGGCGGCCUACGGCAGCUUCACGUCCAGCAAAAUCCAGGUGUGGGCCAUGAUCGCGGCCUCCUCCCUUGAGCUGCCCAGGCAGGAGAUGGGCCAGUUUUACGAUGGCGCGUCGUAUGUUGUACUGCAUUCGUACUCGACCAGCCGUGACCCCUCCGAUCUGCGGUACGCGGUGUACGUGUGGCAGGGCCGCCACUGCGGCAACCUGGAGCAGGGCGCCGCGGCCUUGAUGGCAGCUGACUUGCACAAGAGCCGGUACAGCGGCCGGUGCACACUGGUGCGGGUGGAGCAGGGACUGGAGCCAGGCCACUUUGUGCGCCUGUUCAAGGGUACCAUGGUGGUCCGAAGGGGUCCUCGUCCCGCCCACCAGGCCCCGGGUCGCUCCCCCCCCGGUGUCCACCUGUACCAGGUGAAGGGGGAGGCGGUGGCGCUGGCACAUGCAGUUGAGGUGGCCGCCUCCGCGUCCAGCUUGUGUGGCAACGAUUGCUUCGUGUUGGAGCGGGCCAGCGAGGUGGGCGCGACGACAACCGAGCCGGUACUGCUGUGGCAGGGGGCCGCCAGCACCGAGGUCGAGCGGCAGGUGGCGGCGGCGGUAGCGGAGGUGUUGGCAUCAGCUCCAUCGGGAGUGCAGAGCGUCGAGGAGGGUCGGGAGCCGGAGUCAUUUUGGGCGGCUCUGGGCGGCAAGGCCGACUACGGCGCCCCCUCAGCGGGGGCCCCGGGGGCUCGGGCCGGUCUCAAGGUCCAGCUGCUCACCACCUUCUCCCAGGACUGCCUCAAUAACGAUGACGUGAUGCUGCUCGAUACGGGGUCAGAGUUGUACGUCUGGUACGGUUCGUCUUGCAAGCACACGGAGCGUCCUCGGGGCCGCGACGUGGCGCAGCGCUACCUGGCGGCAUGUGGCCGAUCGGGCGCGGCCAGCCUGGUGGAGGUCGAGUCAGGACAGGAGCCGCCCUUCUUCACGUGCCACUUUGUCGGCUGGGACAAGGAGGCCGUGACGACCAUCCCGGAUGUGUAUGCGGACAAGCUGCGAGCGAUGGCGCUGGAGAAGGCGGCCAAGGAUGCGGCAGCGCAGGAAGCUAAGGAGGAGGCCAAGUAG